GUGAGAUGCUCCGGCUCUGGUACCACGAAAAUUGUCGAAUAUUUCAAGACAGACUGAUUAACGAUGAAGAUAGGAACUGGUUCGAUGCAUUGCUAAAGUCUGAAAUUGAACGACGGUACCGUUUAAAAUCUGAAGAAGUCCUUGGGACUACGGAUAUACUAUUUGGUGAUUUUAUAGAUCCAUCUGUAGGAGUAGGACCUUAUGUGCAAAUAACAGAUUUUGAAAAAUUGUCGGAUGCACUGAACUAUUAUCUCGAAGAUUAUAACCUUCAAAGUACGAAACCGAUGAAACUGGUGCUAUUUUUGGAUGCGAUGAUACACAUAUCCAGAAUCUCCAGAAUAAUUAGGCAGCCUUUAGGCAAUGCGCUGCUGCUGGGUAUGGGAGGUUCAGGAAGGCAAAGUCUCACUCGGCUUGCUGCCUUUAUGUCCGAAUAUAGUUGCUUUCAAAUAGAAUUAACGAAAGCAUACGGGCAAAACGAAUGGAGAGAUAAUGUGAAACACUUGAUGCUGUCAGCUGGAUUGCAACGAAGAGAAACUGUAUUUUUGUUCUCAGAUACACAGAUUAAAUCUGAGUCAUUUCUCGAAGAUCUGAAUAAUAUUCUUAACUCCGGCGAUGUUCCCAACAUCUACCAACCUGACGAACUGGAUAAGAUCUACCAAAGUAUGAAAGGACUUGUUCAAGAAAUGGGAUUAACAGCAACAAAAUCCAAUUUAUUUGCUGUAUAUCAGAAGCAAGUGAGAACAAACUUACACAAUGUGAUUACUAUGAGCCCUAUCGGAGAAGUAUUUAGAGCAAGAUUACGACAAUUUCCGGCCUUAGUCAACAACUGUACGAUCGACUGGUUUAGCCCUUGGCCUGAUACUGCAUUGCAAUCUGUCGCACUCCGUUUCUUAAAAGAAGUUGAGGAUUUUGAUGUCUCUGAAAGCAUUCUACAAGGAAUUGUCAUGACGUUUCAAUAUAUGCAUGCCAGCGUAGUUGAAGCUAGUGAAAGGUUUAAACAAGAGCUUUCACGCCAUAACUACGUCACGCCUACGUCAUAUCUGGAACUUUUAUCCAGCUACACGGAAUUGAUGAACAAAAAGAAGGGAUCUCUUACGGAAGGUGUCGGCAGAUUAAAAACAGGUUUAGGUAAGCUUCAAACUACUGCAGAAGAAGUUAAAAUAUUGCAAAGUCAACUUAAGGAAUUGAAACCACUUCUUGAAGAAGCUGCUCGAGAUGCUGAUAUAAUGAUAACUAAAAUUGCUGCAGACACGGUUAUUGCUGAAGAAACCAAAGAAAUUGUCGAAAAAGAAGAACAGGCGGCAGCUGAAAAAGCAUAUGAAACACAAAAUAUUGCUGAGGAUGCCCAAAGGGAUUUAGAUGAAGCAUUGCCAGCUUUAUUAGCCGCUGAAGCCAGUUUGAAAGCCUUAAAUAAAAAUGACAUUAUUGAAGUAAGAUCGAUGAAAAGACCACCAGCUGGUGUAGUUUACGUCAUUGAAGCUAUUUGUAUAGUAAAGAAUAUUAAACCAAACAAAAUUCCUGGAUUUAAACCAGGAGAAAAGCUACUGGAUUAUUGGGAUCCUGGUAGAGUCAUGUUAGCGGAUCCACAAGCAUUUCUUAUGAGUCUCAUGAACUUUGACAAAGACUCGAUCACAGAAGAGAUGAUAGACAAAUUGAGGAAAUAUGUUGAAGAUCCUCUAUUUACUCCACAAAAAAUUUCAAAGGUCUCCAAAGCUUGCACUUCUCUUUGUAUGUGGAUCCACGCAAUGUUCAAAUUCUAUUUCGUCAACAAAGCAGUAGCUCCGAAGAAAGCCGCUCUCGCUAGAGCUAAAGCAGACUUGGAAGCAACCUUACAAGCCCUCGCCGAUGCCAAAGCUAAAAUGAAGGAGGUGUUGGAAGGUCUGGAACAAUUGCAAAAAGCAUUAGCUGAAAAAAUUGCGUUUAAAGAAGAAAAGGAGCAGAGCAUUGCAGUGUGUGAGGAAAAAUUAAACAGGGCCAUGAGGUUGAUUAAUGGUUUGGCAGAAGAAAAGAUAAGAUGGGAGCAAACUAUCGAGGAAAUUGAUGCGAAUGUUGUAAAUGUAACAGGAGAUAUAUUGAUUUGUUCUGGUUGCGUUGCUUAUUUGACACCUUUCACUGAUUCAUACAGACGCAGUUUGUUUGCGAGUUGGAUGGAGAAGAUAACAUAUUACCAAAUCCCAUUUACCCCGAACUGCAAUCCAGUAACUAUAUUAGGAGAACCAGUUCAGAUAAGGCUUUGGCAACUGGAUGGAUUGCCUAGAGAUUAUCUCUCUACGGAAAAUGCAGUUUUAGUUUCUUGUUCCCGCAGAUGGCCAUUGUUUAUCGAUCCGCAAGGACAGGCCAAUAAGUGGGUUAAAAAGAUGUGUAAAAAUAUGGGACUAUCCGUAUGCAAGCUUGCUGACAGAGAUUUGAUGAGAACAAUGGAAUCAUCAAUCCGUUUCGGAAAAGCAGUGCUGAUAGAAAACGUCGGCAUAGAGCUAGACCCUGCCUUAGAUCCAGUUCUACUCCAUCAAGUAUUUAUGCAGAGUGGUACUUUGGUGAUCAAAUUGGGCGAUGUUGUAGUACCGUACGAUGACAAUUUUAGAUUGUAUAUUACAACUAAGCUACCAAAUCCACAUUACACUCCAGAAAUUUCUAUUAAAGUACUGCUAGUCAAUUUUACGGUAGUAUCCACUGGCUUGCAGGACCAAUUGUUGGCUUUAGUAGUGAUGCAAGAACGACCAGAUUUGGAAGAACAGAGGAGUCAAAUUGUCGUUAGUAUAGCAACGAUGAAACAUGAGCUAAAAGAAAUACAGGACCGAAUUCUUUAUAAACUAAGUUCAUCAGAGCUUUCGCCAAUUGAAGACCUUGAUUUCAUUAUAACUCUAGAAGCUUCAAAAGUGAAGAGUGAAGAUAUUAAGAGUAAAGUAGAGUCUGCAGAAAUAACACAAAUCGACAUCGACAACACUAGAGCGCUUUAUAUUCCUGUAGCAAACAGAGCUCAGAUACUAUUCUUUUGCGUAGCUGAUCUGUCCAAUGUAGAUCCAAUGUACCAGUAUUCUUUGGAAUGGUUUAUACAAAUUUUUGUUUCUACCAUGGCUGAUACUGAAAAAUCAGAUAACAUUAUUCAACGUGUAAAGACUAUCAACGACUCAUUCACAUUCAAUCUAUAUUGCAAUAUAUGCAGGAGUCUGUUUGAAAAGCACAAGAUGCAUUUUGCAUUUUUGUUGUGUAUCAGAAUUUUAAUGGACUUGAAAAAAAUCGAUCCACAGGAAUGGCAACAUUUUUUGGCUGGAGGAACUCCAAAGCAGAGGAUGCCCAACCCUGCUUCAAGUUGGUUAUCCAGUAGAGCAUGGAAUGAAAUAUUAGCAUUAGACGCUUUGCCCACGUUCCAAGAGUUUGUUCAAACUUUUGCCUCGAACAUCGACGACUAUCGAAUCAUGUUUGAAAGUUCCGAACCCCACAGGUUUCCUUUGCCUUAUCCCUUCAACAAAACGUUCGACAAAUUCCAGAAGAUAGUAGUGCUGAAAAGCCUUAGACCAGACAAAGUUACUAACGCCAUUCAAGAUUUCUUAGCGGAAAAUCUGGGACAACAGUUCAUAGAACCCCAGACAUCUGAUUUGUCGGCCAUGUUUAAAGAAUCUGGUCCUACUAUACCCUUAAUUUUUGUUCUGUCUACUGGUACUGAUCCAGCGGCAGAACUGUAUAAGUUUGCUGAUAGAAUGAAAAUGGGAAAGAGGAUGUUUUCGAUAUCAUUGGGACAAGGUCAAGGACCAAGGGCAGAGAAGAUGAUGCAAGGCGGUGUUGAAGUUGGAUCAUGGGUGUUCUUUCAGAAUUGCCAUUUAGCUCCCAGCUGGAUGCCUCGUCUGGAACGAGUAAUAGAAUCCCUAACGCCAGAAACAACCCACAGAGAUUUCCGCAUCUGGUUGACCUCCACUCCAUCCCCCCAUUUUCCUGUAUCCAUCUUGCAAAACGGCAGCAAAAUGACAAUAGAGCCACCUGCAGGGCUCAAAGCUAACAUGAUGAGAGCAUACAGAAAUGAAGUUUCAGAAUUGACUUCGUUUAUACAAUCUGAUAAUCCUAAAUCUCCUACGUUUAGGUUAUUGGUGUUUUCGUUAUGUCUCUUUCAUGGUAUUUUAUUGGAGAGACGAAAAUUUGGACCAUUGGGAUUUAAUAUUCCCUAUGAAUUUACAGACGGUGACCUUAAAAUCUGCAUUUCACAAUUACAUAUGUUUCUGUUGGAAUACACCGAAAUACCAUUUAAAGUGCUCACCUACACUGCAGGAGAAAUUAACUACGGUGGCAGAGUUACUGAUGAUUGGGAUAGAAGAUGUUUGAUGAACAUUUUAGCUGAUUUUUACAAGAAAGAAGUCAUUGUUCCAAACUAUGUGUUUGAUCAUCAAGGAUUCUACCAUCAGAUUCGCACAGAUGUAUUAUUUGUCGACUACAUUGACUACAUAAAGACACUCCCUAUCAACGAUGAUCCCGAACUUUUCGGUAUGCAUCCUAAUGCCGACAUUACGUUUGCGCAAUCUCAAACUUACGCUUGCUUAUCCACAUUAUUACUGCUGCAACCGAAGCAAGUUGGAGGUGCAGCUGCUAGUCAAGAGGAGACCACAGCCAAUACAGCUCGCUCAAUUUUGGACCAGUUGCCUGAGUUGUUCGAUUUGGAUAAGAUUACCGAAAGGUAUCCUGUCUUAUACGAAGAAUCAUUGAAUACAGUCAUCAUACAGGAAGCUAUAAGAUACAACAAACUAUUGGUUGUUAUACAACUGAGUUUGAACGAUCUGUUGAAAGCACUUAAAGGUCUGGUGGUAAUGUCAGAGGCGCUAGAAAAGAUGUCAUUGAGCUUAUUCAGCAAUAUGGUCCCUGAUUUAUGGGCUAGUAAAGCCUAUCCUUCUUUGAAACCUUUAGGAGCAUGGGUAGGUGACUUGAAGGCCAGAAUAGAGUUUCUAAAUAGGUGGAAACGCGAAGGAAUACCACCUGUGUUUUGGAUAUCUGGUUUCUAUUUCCCUCAAGCGUUUCUUACAGGAACUUUGCAGAAUUAUGCCAGAAAAUAUGUUGUCUCCAUAGAUACCAUCAAUUUCGCAUUUGAGAUAUUGGAGCAUUUUCCUAAGAAGAGACCAAAAGAUGGGUGUUGUAUUUAUGGUUUAUACCUCGAAGGGGCGAGAUGGAAUCCCAAUAUAGAUCAUCUAGAUGAAUCUAAUCCUAAAGAGUUGUAUACAGACAUGCCAGUAGUUUGGCUCAAACCCGAAGAACAUCACGAACUUCCUUCUCACGUGUAUCAAUGUCCAGUAUACAAAACCUUAACCCGAGCUGGUGUCCUUUCAACCACUGGCCACUCCACCAAUUAUGUCCUAACCAUUGAAAUACCAAGCAGAAAGCCCCAAUCGCACUGGAUAAAGAGAGGAGUUGCUCUGAUAUGUGCCCUUGAUUAUUAACUUAUUUUACAUUGUAUUUAUUUUUUUAAUAGUAAACUUUAUUAAAGCAGUUUUUAAUAUAAAAACUUUAUAGCAACAGCUGGCAACAGUGUUAUGUAUAUAGUUCAAUUAUCAUUUUUCAGAAUUUAGGGCAAUUUUUCAGAAUUUUCAAAAUUUAUAAUUUUGAUAUUUAUAUUAGGAAAUCACCGAGGAAAAUUCAAUAUAGAAUCACUGUGGAACGAUUCUACAAGACAAGACAAGAGACAAGAGAAAUGUACCUGUUGUAUUAAUGAAACUUAAAAGCAUGUUGGAGAUUUAUAGAUGCAUUUAUUAUACAAUUCUUGUAGAUACAACCAUAGAAAAAAGUGUUGUGUGAUUUGGUAGAAUGCGAUCUUACUCUUUAAAAAACAUGUCACGUAUUUCAGCGCCAUCUCAGCACCUGGUUAAAUGGAAGGAUACUACAAAUCUGGCCUCCACAUAAGUGGUCUGUAGCGUCGACAUGAUAGGUGUGAAAUUUUAAACGUUCUUGUUGUUGAUUGGAUAGGAAGGGUGCCAUCUCCAUGCUAGGUACAUAGCCUCCAUACGGUACUUCCAAUAUUUAAUAUUUUAUUCAAGUGGAAAAUAAAGGUAAAACACAAACAACUUUUGUUUCUUACUUAUUUAUUUAUAAAAUAAUGUGACAUUUUACAUAGAAAUAUGAGUAUUUAAUUUGGAUUAAAUAAAUGUUUACUUGUUGAACUUUUCCACCGUCUGCACACAACAGCUGAACGGAGCCAUUAGACCUAACAACAAAACGCGAAAUAAAGUGUGUAUUUUAAAACUGUUGGAUAAACAGUACCUACAAUCAGAAAAUCUCUACCUUGCAAUCAGAAAAACUUACCUUUAAAAAGGUACUCGAUUACAAAAUAUCAAAAAACACUGAAUAUCAGCUUUUUAUGGUGACACAAACACAUCACAUAACCGACCAUAUAAAAUAACUGAACGACAACGAACAAACGAACACGAACACUGAACACAGAUUCAAAGA